AUGAGAAAGCAAGUAGAAUUAGAUGCUGUAUCUGCCACAAGGCCGGCUGUGGUGAAGACCAGGAAAAGAACUUGUUUGGAGCCCUGGGUUAUUGGCCUUAUUACCUUUGUCUCCUUGAUUGUGCUGGCAGUAUGCAUUGGACUCACAGUUCACUAUGUGAGAUACAAUCAAAGGAAGACCUAUAAUUUCUACAGCACAUUGCCAUUUACCAGUGACAAAUUAUAUGCUGAGUUUGGAAGAGAGGCUUCUAAAAAUUUCACAGAAAUGAGCCAUAGAAUUGAAUCCAUGGUGAAAAAUGCAUUUUCUAGAUUUCCAUUACAAGGAGAACUUGUGAAGUCUCACAUAAUCAAAUUCAGUCAAGAAAAUCAUGGCGUGGUGGCUCAUAUGCUGCUGAUAUUUAGAUUUCGCUCUACUGAGGAUCCUGAAAAUGUAAAUAAAAUUAUUGAAUAUAUUCUACAUGAAAAGUUGCAUAAUGUUGAAGGACCUCCUGAAGUUCAUCCUGACUCAGUUAAAAUUAAAAAAAUCAACAGGACAGAAACAGACAAGUACCUCAACAAUUGCUGUGGGACCAGGAGGAGUAAAUCUACCAAAGAAAGUCUCAGAAUUGUUGGUGGGACGCAGGUAGAAGAGGGAGAAUGGCCUUGGCAGGCCAGCUUGCAAUGGGAUGGGGCCCAUCGCUGCGGAGCAACGUUAAUCAGUAACACCUGGCUUGUGAGCGCUGCUCAUUGCUUUCGAACGUACAAGGAUCCAACCAGAUGGACUGCUUCCUUUGGAGUAACAAUAAAACCUUCAAAAAUGAAAACAGGCCUCCGAAGGAUAAUUGUCCAUGAAAAAUACAAAUAUCCAUCACAUGACUAUGAUAUUUCACUUGCAGAGCUUGCUAGGCCCGUUCCCUACACAAAUGAAAUACACAGAGUUUGUCUCCCUGAUGCAACCCACGAGUUCCCCCCGGGGGAAGAGAUGUUUGUGACAGGGUUUGGAGCACUGCAAAAUGAUGGUUAUGGUCAGAAUCACCUUUGGCAAGUACAAGUUGAACUCAUUGACUCUAAAACCUGCAAUCAACCCCAAGUUUACAAUGGUGUCAUAACCCCCACAAUGUUAUGUGCUGGCUCCUUAAAAGGAAAGCGAGAUGCAUGUCAGGGCGACUCUGGAGGACCACUUGUCAGUUCAGAUGCUAGAGAUGUCUGGUACCUUGCUGGAAUAGUGAGCUGGGGAGAUGAAUGUGGGCAACCCAACAAGCCUGGGGUGUAUACUCGAGUGACUGCUGUCCGGGACUGGAUCGCUAACCAUACUGGCAUCUAA